AUGAGCGGAUGGUGUGCAGAAUCGGAUUGCUCCCCUCGUCGAAGUGCUCGCUCACCGGAACGUGACCGUACAGUUCAUCACUUUGUAAAUGACCGCCUAUCCGGAGAAUUCUUUCACAAUCUCACAAGCUUGCGAAGAUGUGAUGAGCUCUGUGACGUUGUCUUGGAAGCCUCCGGACCAGGGGAUUCUGGCGGAGCUGAAUCUGAGAGUGCACCACCGAUAAUUAUUGCUGCGCAUAAGGUGGUAUUAGCUGCAGCAUGUCCAUAUUUUAGGGCAAUGUUCACCAGCAAAAUGGUGGAGUCAAGCAAGGAUAGGAUCUUCAUUAAAGAUAUCGAUGGUCCGACAUUGGCGCUGCUGGUGGAGUAUAUGUACAGUGGCCACUUGGAUAUUGAUGAAUCUAACGUGCAGCUCUUGCUGAGUACUGCUACAAUCCUUCAGUUAGCCUGUGUUCGGGAUGCGUGUUCAAGGUUUUUACUGGAACAACUAGAUGCCAGCAACUGUUUGGGUAUUGCAUCUUUUGCGCAAUUCCACAAUUGUACGCAGCUAGCACAUGCAGCGCAGAUGUUCACCCACCAACAUUUCAGACUGUUGGUGGAGAGUGAAGAACUACUAACAAUGGAUGAAGAAAGUUUCAUACAACUUAUCUCUGAUGAUCGUUUGACAACGGAGGGUGAAGAAGCAGUUUUCGAAGCUGUGAUUAACUGGGUCAAGUACGAUUUAUCACGAAAGCCAUCUUUGCCUAACGUCUUGGCUGCUGUUCGUCUACCCCUCAUCUCACAGGAGUUCCUUCUUGAUCGAGCUUAUCAGGAACCCUUGAUACAAGAGUCACCUGCAUGUAUAGCAAUGCUUUGCUCGGUUUAUCAUCACAUUCUAAAGAAGGAAAUAACCCCAGGUCUAGUUGCAAGCUGGAUUAGGCCGAGGCAGCCUGUACCUCUUUCACAGCUAAUAAUGGUAGUUGGGGGACAAGCUCCGAAGGCUAUCGCGAGCGUAGAUACGUUUGAUCCAGACUCGCAACGAUGGAGUUCACUUGCUCCCUUGCAACAACGCCGAUGUCGAUGCGGUGUUGUCAUGGCUGGUGAUCUAGUCUACGCAAUUGGAGGCUUUAACGGCUCCGCUCGUAUAAGAUCUGUUGAAAUUUACGACCCUCGCAGGGAUUUGUGGCUUACUGGACCAGCUAUGGAAGCUCGCCGUAGUACUCUCGGUGUUGCUGUGUUAGACGGAAGUAUUGUAGCAGUAGGCGGCUUUGAUGGUUCUACAGGGCUCUGCAGCGCAGAGAUGUUGGAUCCGAGGCAAGACGGAAGUAUUGUAGCAGUAGGCGGCUUUGAUGGUUCUACAGGACUCUGCAGCGCAGAGAUGUUGGAUCCGAGGCAAGGUCAGUGGAUGGCUUUACCAUCGAUGACAACACGACGAUCAAGUGUUGGCGUCGCCGCGUUGAAUGGCUUGGUAUAUGCAAUUGGUGGAUAUGAUGGCCAAUCGAGGCAAUGUCUCAGCUCAGUGAGUAUUGCGGCUUUCUUAAUUGCUAUUUUUAACUUACGUCUGGAAUUAGUAAAGGAAUAUCUGACAUCUUAAAA